CUACAACCUUUUCAUUUGGUAUUUAAAGUGAAUUUUAUACGAGCUAUACCCUGCGUCUCGGUGGGUAUCAAAGCAAUUGAAGCACCAAGUCGUUGUUGUGGAAUUCCGAUAUAUACGCGAGUUUCAAAUGGCAACCUCCGCAUGUUCAACAGGCCUAAUAUAGCCUUAGAAAAACUCAACCUUCACAUAGACCAAUUUACUGUGAUAGUGGGUAAAAUGGCGGCAUCCCUUCUUGCCAUGAUGAAGGAGCUCGAGUGUCCAAUCUGCUUCAAAUUAAUGAACAACCCGAGGAUAGUUGGCUCCUGUAAGCAUGUCUUCUGUGAGGAAUGUCUCCGAAAGCACAUUUCGACAAAAGGAACAUCCGAAACCUUCCCCUGCCCGAAUUGUCGGGUGGAUAACGCUGUAUCCGCGGAUGGUGUAGAGGGGUUGAAGGUUGACUUUAGGACGGCCAGCUCUGUGGAAAUUCUGUUGAAAGCCGAGAGUCCGAGGCGCACGUGCUCAGUAUGUGGAGGAGAAGGUGAUACUCAAAAUACAUGUAGUCGAAAAAUGGCGGAGUAUCUGUGCGAUACUUGUGACCUUGACCUUUGUUCUGGAUGUCGCAAUGACCAUUCCGAAGUGCCUGGAACUGUUGACCACAUCUUCUACGAUCUUUGCAAAACCCAUUGGAGAAGAAUGAAACAUUUCUGUCGAUCAUGUUCAAUGGUGAUUUGUGGUCUCUGUAAAAAAUCAGAACAUGCUGAUAAGACGCAUGAAACUGUCCUCUACAAAUGUUCAUUUGAAGAGGAUAUAUCAAACGUAGUAGAUGAAGCUGGGGAGACAUUAGCAAGAGCGCUGUUAAAACAUGGUGCCGCUGGUGAAGGUGAGCGUGUGAUGAAAGAAGAGGUCGAAUCAAGGAGGUGUGCAGUCGCUGACAGUGCGAAAGCCAUUGUUGAAUCUUCAAACGCGGAGAUAACUGACUUACGAACCCGAAUUAAGGAGAUGCAAGCUGAGGUUCUUAAACUUGAAAAGCGCGUGGAUCGGGUCAUUGCAAGGAAAGAACAAUUUGAUAAGGUAGAAAAGGAGACAGCUGAUGACUAUUAUAAAAGUGUGGCCACAUUCAACGAGGUUUUAUCCGACUUGAUAGCUGAACUCCGGCGACAGUCAGAGCAACUUCAGCACUUAAAGUCAACAAACUGUCUCGGGUCUUCGCACAACGCAAGUGUGAUAGUUUGCAAGGGGGAGAUAAGGAAAAUUACAAGUAACAUUAGGGAGACUCUUCGAACCAAACCAAAACAGAGGAAACUUGCCCCGAUGCCUGUUCUUAAUGUCGAAUUCCCAGAGUUCACGGCAGCAAAGUAUUAUAAAGAUUGGAGUUUCAAGGAAAAUGGAAUUAAACGCAUUUUCAGUAUUGAAAUAUUACCGAAUGAAUUCGGGGUAGCAAUCUUGGGUGGAACCUCGUCCGAGAGAUGGUCACAGGCGAGCAAGAUUUUCUUUUCGCCAUCGUUACAGUCCAAAGACAUUAAUGUUAUCACGGAUGGAGUCAUGCCUGGCCUGGAUUUGACGGGCGUGGCUAGCACUGGGGACCUGAUUUUGUUGCGAAAGACGCAGCCCCAUAUCAAGUUCUACAGAUAUGGUGAUCAGUAUUUGAGAGCUGACGACCUCCAUGUUUCAUCAGACUUAGGAAACCCUAAAUCCAUCACUUUCGAUGAAAAAAGAAACCUCCUCUUUAUCAUACGGGUGAAACCUCGUGGACCAAAAUCAGAAGUUCUACAAAUAGACGGAUCGAAUGGUUCUAUACUCAAGACAGUCGACUGCAACGUUAGUGGACGAUUAGCAUGCGAUCCCAUCCAGGAAUGGGUUUUCAAGUGCUUUCCCGGCGUAGAAUCCUACAAUGAAACUACCCUCAAUUAUUCAAAUUCGUGGCAUGUGCCAAAUGUCGAAAUAUGUGAUGUUAAUUUGAGUACAGAUGAAAGAUUAUACGCAGCAGGAAGGCGUCCGUCCUAUGAAAUUGUGCUGUACCAUAUUGGACCAGAAGAGAGAGUCAAGCAAAUUGGCCCAUUGUUGGAUGGAAAAGGCCAACAAGUUGUGUGCGACCAACCGUGUAAUCCAAGGUCGGCGGUCUGCGGUGACUUGCUUUUGGUAGGUGUCGGUUUUCGAGUGCUAUUCUACCGCCUGGAGGCAUAAGAAAUCCUAAAGAAUACCAUGCAGAAGACUGCCAAGUUAUUAGUGUGCCUGUUGAAGCUCUAAAACGUUUAAGGUUUUGAAAAGGUGUUUAAGUUUAUCUCGAAUCAAAAACUUGGAUUGAAAUAGCUUCUAAGGGCGAGCUUUGUCAUUCUCCAAGGACUGUUCCGAUCCUGUGAGUGUUUGCCAAGAUAGAUCUUAUGGUCUAUUUCAACCUCCUCCUCCUCCUCCUCCUCAGAACAAGUGUGCUUUUUUUAAAUUAUGCAAAUACUGCAAGGAGCACCCAUUUAACAGCAGCAGCAACAACAACUAUAGCGAGUACCACGCCCCUGUAGUGGGGGAG